AAAAAUCUUUAAUCAAAUUUAAAAUUAUGUUUAUAUUAUAAUUUUUAUACAAAUUAUAUUGUAAUCUAAUCACAGUGAUCGAAUUUUUCGUAUGCAAUACAUUGUAACAUGAUCAAUAAAGUUAUAAUAUCAGUCAAAAAAAAGUUAUAAUUUAUAAUUUAAUCGUGUGAAAAAAAAAUAUGGAAAAAAGUAUUUUUCGUUUAUUAAAAUCAUAUUUUAAAAAUUCUUUAACCAUUAAAAGAUUUUAUAAAGAGUAUAAAUCAGAUCAACCGGUAUACGAUAGAAGAGUAGAGGAUGAUUUUAAAAAUCUCAGUUUUUUUCAAAAAAUAGAAAAAGUAUAUUGUACAUAUAGAGAUGAAUGUAAAUUAUUUAUACAUGAAACAUUGCAGAAAUAUUCAAUAUAUCCAAAUAAAUUUACAGUAAAUGAAAUUGAUAUUGUAUGGAAAUUUGAUGGAUCUCAAAAGUCGCUGGAUCAAUGGAUUGUAAAUUCUGACAGUGAUUAUGGACAUGGUUAUUCAAGUGCUAAAUUAGAAUUGUCAUCUCAUGGUUAUGGAAUAUUUCACGGUAUAUUAAAUACCACUCCAGUAAAAGAUGGCAAAACAACAGAUAGUGGUUACUGCAAUAUCACUACAGUUCCAAAAUUUAAAUCUUUUUAUCGAAUAGAUAAAUAUGAUUGGAUUGAGUAUAAUGAAAUUGUAUUACGAAUUAGAGGAGAUGGUAGAACUUAUAUGUUAAAUAUCUUACAAAAAAACCUAAAAUUUAAUGAAGUUAAUAAUUAUAUUUAUCAUUAUUUUAUGUAUACAAGAGGUGGUCCAUAUUGGCAAAUAGUUAGAAUUCCUUUUUCAAAAUUUGUGAUUUGUAACAAAGGACAAAUUAAUGAAAAUCAAUAUCCUUUAGUUAAUAAUACUGUUACAAAUUUUGGUAUUACAAUUGCUGAUAAAAUAUCAGGUCCUUUUAAAUUAGAAAUUGAUUAUAUUGGAGUUUGUUAUAAUACAAAUAUUUCUGAAAAUUUUGCAUAUGAAACGUAUGAAGUAAAUAGAAAUGAAUAAUAAUAUUUUUUUUUACCAGAUAAUUAUAA